ACUAUUUUUUUUCCUUCUUUCUUCUUCAGCCCGAUUCUGCUCUUCUUCUUCUCCUCCCCUGCACCGAACAAAACCCAGCCACCACCGACAGCCCUCCUUUGAAGAAAAACCGAGAAAAUCCCGGAUCUGCUUUGUUCCUUCCUUCCUUCCGUCAGCUGCUCUUGCUUGUGGGUGUGAUUUUUCCGGUUCUAGUAAGAGGAAACAGCCCCUAAUUCCUUUGUUCUUCCUUGAAUUGGCUUAGAUUAACUUUGAUUUCUCUUGGUUUCUCCAAUUUUUGGGAUAGAUCCCGAAUUUCUCCCCAAAUUGCCGCCGGCCUUCCCUUAGCUUGCAGCUCCGGUUUGCUUGCUGGAAUUCUGGUUCUUAAGUGUUCUGUCACCCGAGUACUUGGCUUAAGUUUAUGGUAUUACGUGAUUUGAGGUAAGUAAAUUAUGGUAAUGUCCUUCGAUUUUAAAGCAUAUUUUAACUUGUUUUUGAAAUGGUGGCGGGGCUAAACCUGUUUUACACAAAUAUGAGCAUGACUGAUUUGAAAUGAAAUUAUUAUGUUUUCCAUUGAAUUGAGCAUGCCUACUUGAAGUUUAUUUAACUGCCCUGAUGAUCUGGAAAUGAUGUAUAAAAUAUGAUUUUUCUGUUAACUUCUGCCUGUUUUGUCUCCGAUGUGGUCAUGUUAUUAGUGACCUUGCUAGUGGGGGUUUAUAAACGCUAGCACAUGUCAACAUGUUAUUGAUAGAAUCGGUUCGUUUGAGUGACCCUGCUAGUGGGGGUUAUACACCAGCAAAUAGUGCGCCUGCCAGUGGGUGGUUUACAACACUGGCCAUGACCUAUAGAGGAGACGUCUAUUUCAUGCCCGUACUCGUAUCUGUUUUUCGUGAUUAUACUUGUUGGCAUGCUAUAAGUUUAAUUAAGGGCUAUCCAUAUUUACUUACUGAGUUAUCUAAUAGUUUUUCCUUAUCCACAAUUUUAGGAAGCGAAGUCAAGGACGAGGGAAAACGAGCGGAGUGACAAGUUAGAAGGCUAGCCAUCUUGUAAAUUAAACAUAGAUUUUAAAUAAAAAUCGUGAUCUUGUAAGCUAGAUUGUAUUUGGAGAUUUUGAUAUCAGAGCAAAUAUUAAAAUUUUAUCUUCAGA